AUGAGCCACAACCAACUGGCAGAGAAAGCCCCAAUGGCGCCCACCGAACGCACCCCGCUCAUCCAAGUCAUCCCCAUAGCACCUCCACACGAGCGCUAUCCCCACCACACCCUCCGCCGCGUCUGCACCGUCGUCCUAACCGCCAUCCCCAUCUUCGUGAUCGCUAUCCUGCUCUAUACUCUCUUUCUCCCCACCUCCAUCCACGGCUCAGACAGCAUACCCGUCCUCGCCUACCUCCCCUGGAGCCCCUCCCACUCCAUCAGCAGCGCCUGGCCGAACAGCGAUGGCGUGAGCUUUGAGCAGCUCGGCGCGAUACUGCUCGAGACGCCGAAAGAGGAGAAGGCUAGGGAGUGGAGUAGGUACUACACCUCGGGGCCGCAUCUGGCGGGGAAGAAUCUGAGUCAGGCCGAAUGGACGAGGGAUCUGUGGAAGAGCUUUGGGGUUAAGUCGGAGAUUGUCGCGUAUGAUAUCUAUGUGAACUAUCCGAAGGACCACCGGUUGGCGUUGUUGGAGGAGGUGAGCGGUGAGGCGCAGGAAGGGAUUGAUGGGGAAGACAAGAAGGAAAGGGAGUGGAAGAUCAAGUUUGAGGCGGGUCUGGAGGAGGACGUCCUGGACGAGGACAGUACAAGCGGAUUAGAAGACCGCAUACCCACGUUUCAUGGCUACAGUGCCUCCGGUAAUGUCACAGCUCAAUACGUCUACGUCAAUUACGGCUCAUACCAGGACUUCGAAGAUCUGCAGAAGGCCAACGUAGAUCUGGAAGGCAAGAUCGCGCUCAUCAAAUACGGCGGCAUCUUCCGCGGUCUCAAAGUCAAGCGCGCUCAAGAGCUGGGUAUGGUCGGUGCAAUCAUCUACUCAGACCCCGGCGACGACGGGCAGAUCACGGAGCAUCACGGCAACAAGACGUAUCCCGAAGGGCCUGCGCGAGAGCCGAGCAGUGUCCAGAGAGGCAGUACGCAGUUCUUGAGUUUCGCGCCUGGCGAUCCUACGACUCCUGGUUAUCCGUCCAAGCCAGGCGUGCCACGGCAGCCCGUAGACGCAGCCAUCCCUUCCAUACCCUCGAUACCUAUCUCAUACAUGGAUGCACUCCCGCUUCUGAAGGCCCUCAACGGCCACGGACCGAACGUAUCGUCAUUCAACAAGUACUGGCAAGGCGGCGGCCUAGGGCACAAAGGCGUCCACUACAACAUCGGUCCCUCGCCACCCAACCUCACCCUCAAUCUCAUGAACGAGCAAGAGUACGUCACGACGCCCAUGUGGAACGUUAUCGGCAUCAUCAACGGCUCCAUCCCAGACGAAGUCGUCGUACUCGGCAACCACCGCGACGCCUGGAUAGCCGGUGGCGCCGGUGAUCCGAACAGCGGCUCCGCGGCCCUGAAUGAGGUUGUUCGAAGCUUCAGCGCUGCGCUCGCGGCUGGCUGGAAACCACUUCGCACCAUUGUGCUUGCUUCGUGGGAUGGUGAAGAGUACGGACUAUUAGGAUCGACUGAGUGGGUCGAAGAAUACCUCCCCUGGCUCCAAAAAGCAACCAUCGCGUAUCUGAAUGUCGAUGUCGGGACCACGGGCCCGCAUUUCAAAGCCUCAGCCGCGCCGCUGCUGAACAAAGUCCUGUACGAAGCGGCUUCGCUCGUACAAUCCCCCAACCAGACUAUCGCUAAUCAGACAAUCCGCGAUACCUGGUCCGGCCACAUUAGCACCAUGGGCAGCGGCAGCGACUUCACCGCCUUCCAGGACUUCGCGGGCAUCCCGUGCGUCGACAUGGGCUUCAGCGCUGGUCCAGACACGGCUGUGUAUCACUACCAUUCCAACUACGACAGCUUCGAUUGGAUGGAGCGGUUCGGAGAUCCUGGGUGGCACUACCACAUCGCCAUCACGAAGGUGUGGGCGCUGUUGGCGGCGAAGCUAAUCGAGUCGCCGAUCGUGCCGCUGAAUGCUACGGACUACGCUGUGGGGCUCAAGGGGUACCUGGACGCCGCGAAAGAGAAAGCGCGUGCGAAGAUCGCUGCGUCUUCUUCCGAUCAACGGGACCUGUUGGAAACCGCAGUCUCAACAAACGACCUCUUCGACAACCUCGACGCCGCCAUCGCCCGCCUCCACAACGUGUCAGUAGCUUUCGACCGCGCCGCCGCGUCCCUCGCCGACGAGAUCGAGCAUAACCCGAUCCCGUGGUGGAAGUGGUGGGAGAAGGUGAAGCUCUACUACCGCGUGCGCGCGGUAAACGACAAGUACAAGUACCUCGAGAGACAGUUUCUGUAUGCGCCGGGCUUGGACGGCAGGAGCUGGUUCAAGCACGUGGUGUUUGCGCCGGGGAAGUGGACGGGGUAUGCGGGCGCGACGUUUCCGGGGCUGGUCGAGGCGAUUGGAGACGGUGAGUGGGGGCAGGCGAGAAAAUGGGCGGGUAUCGUUACGGGGGUCAUGCAUAGGGCUGCGGCGUCGCUGGAAAAGUAG